AUGAAAAAUAUUCCAAGGAAAGAUAAAGACAAAAAGCUUCUUCCUUAUGGAAUUUUAAAUAACAAAACAAGCCUCCCUGCUUUCUCUCUUAUUAAAAAGGAAGCGACAGGCUCUCCUGAGCGGUUUAAUGAAAAUUUAGGGUUUUUUAUUCCAAAAAAAAAUAAAAGAAAAAAUCUAGCAAAGACGACUGAUGAGUUACCAAUCGAUAGUGGUUAGAAAACUCCUUUAUUGAACUCUCAUCAAAAGUAGGAAAGCGAGGGUUAACAAAAUAAGGGUCCAGAUACUAAGACCCUUUUAGCAAGAAUGAAUUAUGGUGGUAUGCAGGGAUAAUUGAAUGGAUAAUAUUCUACAAGCUUACUAGCAUCUCAAAGAGAGGCAAGUAAGAAAUAAAUUAAUCAGCAAUAGAAAUUAGAAUCACUUUUUAACGGAUAGAAAAGUACAUUAGCUGUUAGCAGUAGUACGCCAAAUAAUUUGUUUAAUGGAAACUUCGAGCAGCAGAUUUUUGAACAUGGAGAUUUCUUUUACUAGAGCUCUCAAGCAGGGAUGAUAAGCAAAGAAUAAAUACUUUAAAAGUUUUUAAAUAGAUCUUACUAAAACACUCGUAAACGUAUUGAUUUGAUGAAUUCAACUGAUAAAUUUCCAGUAGAAGUUAAAAAAAAGCUAGAACAUUGGAAUUCCAUUUCAAAUUUAUUGGAUAAUGAUAUCGAGGAAAAGUUGCAUCUUUAUUCUGAUUUGUGGAGCAUCGCAGAGAAAUAUACAGAAUUAAAUUAAUAUCUAACUAAUAUUAUCAAGUCUAUUUACAACAUUUACUUGCAAUCAAUUCAGCAGGGAGAUACUUGGAAGGAAAAGCUAGCUUUCUAUGAAGAAAGAGUGUAGCAAAUUACUACACAAAAAGAUUAAGUGACUGAAAUGCUCAAAGAAAAAAAUAAUAUAUUAAAAAAGUUUAUUGAUAUGGGUAAUAUGGAUGAAUAUAAAUCAAAAAAAGAAAAACGUGAAAAUUAUUUAACUUUUGAAAACACUAAAUUAGCAGCUGAAAAUCAUAUGUUAGCAGAAAAAUUAAGGAUUCUUGAAACAGGCUCUGAUAUCUUUCUGUUAAAAGAGCAGCUUACAAAGUUGACUCAAGAAACAGAAGCAAAGGUCCUCAAGAUAUAAAAAGAAGCUGAUUUUAAAGACAGAGAAUUGUAAAAAAGAAAAUUAUAAAUUACAUAAAUGCAGGGAACUCUUUCGAAGAUUGAAGUUGAAGUUAGGUAGCUUAGAACCAAAAUGGAGGAAACGGAGAUAGAAUCGAAGGAGUUAAAAGAAUAAAAUAAGGAAUUAGUUUAAAAAUUUAAUAAAUAUCGAGAGUUAGCUUUGAUGACUCAUGAAGAUUACUAAGGGAUGAUACUAAAGACAAAUGAGUAGAGAGUUCUUUUAAAUACUUUGAGAGAGAAAUCUCAAGCUUUAAAGGCUAAAUUGGAUAGGUUUACUAUUGCCAGAAGUAAGGAAGUAGAAGUACCAAAUGAUGGAUCAUUCCCUAAUGAUUUGAAUAUGCUCAAACUUAUUUAAAGUGACUUUAGCAAAGACAAAACCUAUUUCAAACUCUUGCUUUAGCAGGCUCAAAAUGUUCAAAAUAGGGAAUUUAAUUCAGACCCUGUCAAAUAAAAAUUUUUAGAAACUCUAACUCAAUUUGCAGAGAAAGGAGAAGCAGCUGAUUUACAAAGUAAAAAGGAAGUGGAAGUCCCAAUUGCUUCACUGCAGGUUUAUAAGCCCAAUUAUUAUAUUUUUGUCGAGCAAGUAGCAAAAAAUUAUGAGCUGGACAUGCAAAACAUGAAGAGUAGAAAGAUUAGCACAGCUUUCAUUGGUAAUUUAAGAGCAAUAUUAGACUCUAAAUACAAUGAAAUUUUAAUGUUUGAAAACACUCCUAAAUAAAUCAGUAAAUUUCCUGAUUUUGUCUAUUCUUGGUUGGGUAAAUUCACUGUUGACUAGAAUAGCAGGUAGAUACGUCUGCUUUAAGAGUCUGAGAAAAUCUAGGUCGAUGACUCUAGAGUCAUAUUUUUAUUAGAUUUAACGAAUCCUAAGUUCGUAGGAAUAUGGGAAAUAGUCACAUUUAAGGAAUUUUUCAGUGAAAAGGCAUCAAUCGAUGAAAUUUACUUCUACCUCCAUUGUAGAAAUAUGCUGUUCAAAGGACCUUGCAUGUAGAGACAUGAAUCUACUUUUGACAUUUAUCAAUAUGUUUUUAUGGAAUAAGCAGAAUAGUUAAUUGACCUUAUGAUGAUUAGAUUCGAUCCAGUAAAUGUCAUGCUGAUAAAAAAACAACUUAAGGAAAAAGUCAAAGUAAAAAAAGAGAAGAAUUUGGUUGAGUCAGGAUUUAUUUUACGUAUCCUCCUUGAAUUUUAUCGUAUUGAAAAGAAAAAUAGGUAUAAAUUACUGAGGGAAGCUUUCCUUGCCUAAUCUUCAAUGGGUUCUUCAGGAAAAUUCUGCAUAAAUUUCCCUUCCUUCAAGAAAAUAUUGCUCCUUAAUUUCUCUGAAAGCACUGAACAAGAAUUAGCAGAAAUUUAUAGAGAAGCUUAUUCGCUAGGAUAAGGCAGUGUGACAGUAGAUUUGUUUUAUACAGUAGCAAAUGAGAGUUGCUUCUUUUUGAAAUACCUUUAAUUAAAUAGUUAUGUAAAAGUUCCUCAAUUAGAUUCAUAAAACAAUAUCUUAGAUGAUGAUUAAAAUAUUUGUUAUCGCUACUUUUAUAAUGUGUUUGAUACUAUAAAGUAAUAUCAAGAUAUUUUAACUCAUGAAGCUCUUCAGCUUGGUAUUGAUAGAAUUUAUAACGAGAUGGAAGAAAUAAAUUAUUAAAUAGCUCACAAAUUCUAGCAAGAUGUGCUAGAUUUGAGAGGUAAGCCAUUCUUUUUGCAACUACAAAGAAUGAUGACUCUUUGGUAUUAAAUCAAAACAUUCAAAGUAUUUAAUACAUACAUGCUACCUCCAUAAUAUAAUUAUGGUUUUGAUGUAAAUACAAUGGUGUUGAAAGAUUUUGAUAAUAUGCAAAGACUUUUAAGUGAUCUCGAUUCAUAUAUUUAUCAUAAAAAGAUAGAACAACUAGAAAAAAAUAACAAACUACGUAAAGUCUAAAAAUUAUGUAGAUAAAAAAUCUCUAAAUUCUACUCCUUUGUGUCUUCACUCCUAAGUGCUAAACUAAAAGCUUCAGUCAAAGAUAAAGAAAAGAAUAAUCGCCGAAAAAGCUCAAUAAAGCAAUUAGAGCCUCCUGUUGAUCCUUCUUAAUCCAAGAAGCUUAUUCCAUCAAAAUAAAAGCUGGCUUGA